CGCUCUUUCCAAACAAAAAAUUCGCUAAAGUAAACGGUUGCAAAUAUUUUCAUGUUUCCAUAUUUUCCCAGAAGACGGAAUUAAAAAUAAACGGAGGAUUUUAUCGAUGUAAAUACACCAGAAUGUAAUAACAACUCUGCCGCUAAGUGUAAAAAUUGGUUGUUUCUGCACGAUCUCCCAGACUUACAGUUUUACUCGAUCACUCCUCCAAAAAACAUGCGUUCUCUCUAGUCGUACUAAGAAAAUUUCCAACCACUAAAAUGUGGAAGAACAACAAAUACCUCAACUAUUUGUGCAUCGGGGUCGUCAUUUUCUCCCAGAUCAUUAGUGGAUUCCUGCAACAAGUUAAUUUACUACCUCACCUGAACAAGGAACACGAACACUUGAACAACUUGCAUAAAAGCACGCUUCAUCUGUGCGUUCUUUUAAAUCUGACGGGGAUACUCAGCGGUUUUUCACUACUUUUUGCAGUGAUUUUGGUAAGGCGACCCUUUCUUGACGAACGACUCAAAAUCGAUUUUUUUCAGCGACAAACAAAGCUCGUCUUGUGUCACAUCACCAUGAACGCUGUGUGUGCGGUGGUGGUUCUACUUUAUUUCGUAGUGGUAGUGUACCUUAAAAAAUUGGUAAUUGAUUUAGUGUUUGAUAGUUUGUUAAUUACUACGGCCGUCUAUGUCUUCGUUUGUUUUUUGGAGUAUUCGGUUUAUUUGUACUAUAAGGAGAUGUUGAAAGAGAGAGAGAAAGAAGAUGAUGUGACGGAGUUGGUCACGAAUGAGUGUGUGACUUAAAUUAUGGGGUCCAUUUUAAUAUAAGGCAGAAAGUUGUCGUUUUUCUAACUAUAUUUGUGUUAACUGUUGGAAGAAAUACAAUAACUUUUUUGGCGAAUUUGUUUGGAAUAUAGUAUCUGUUUUACAAAAACAUGAAUAGUGAG